UUGUAAAUCACCUCAUUUAGGGGAGAUAGUAUAUUGAUAAUUAGGGUUUCAGUUUUUGUUGGAAUUUUCGGCGCUGUGGCAAGGAUUUAAAGUUUCCGAUUUCAAUUUCAAUUUCAUUUAAAUUUCAAUUUGAUUUUAAUUUCAAUUUCAAAUUCAUUGUCAUUAUUAGUGAAUUAAGUAGUAAUAUUGUUUGUAAAUCUGUAAGUUUACUUAGGGAAUGGAGGAGGAUCUGGAUAUGGUUCCAGAGGAGUUGAAGGUGAUGAAUCGGGAGAAGUUGGUGGAAUACAUGUUUCCUUGUUGUCCAGUAGCUGCUUGGGACAAAGAUAUAUUAUCAGAGCGAUUACAUGGUAUUGGAGAAGAGCAAUCGCCAACCGUCGAUGAUCCUGUUUUUGUUCAAGUGCGUGAUGUUUCGGCGAAGCUAAAAACUUUAAUAUCAGAUGAGAUCUGGAAAGAAUGUAAUAGAAUGAAAUCGAAAUCUCGCGUAAUCGUUGGGAAGCGGUAUGAUCUCAAAAAAUGGAGGGGUUUUCUCAACCGUGGGGAUGGCCGUAAAGUUGAAGCAGCUAAGUAUCUAAAGGGUAAAUACAUUUUGAUUUGCUCUUUUAAUGUGCCUAUUUAUUGGGAUUGUUGUGCCUGGGAACUAUCAAUGGUGUGUCGCGAGUUGUAUUCUAAACUCAACAACAAGUUUGAGAUGGUAAUUGUACCAAAGAUGAGACGUGGUUGGUCUACAGAUGAGAGGGCUUUUCAUCACUUUAUCUCUGGCUUUCCUUCUUCCUGCCUUUCAAUCCCUUUUCAGGAUCAACGUUAUCGUUAUCGUGUAUGCAAGGCUCUUGGAGAAUUUUUUGAGUGCAGAAUUGUUCUGGUAUCCCGCACUGGUACUGUUCUGCUCAACUCUAGCCUUGAUAAUGCCUUCGAGCGUAUAUUGCCUUCCAUUGGAGCUGAUCCGCGUCCUUUCCCUAGCAUCAAUGGGGUUAAGUUUCAACAUUUGAAGAAGACUCCCUUGUCUCUUGAGAAAAGUUUGGGUUCUGAUUUUCUCUUUAAGGACGGGAAGCAAGUGCCGAUUUCACUACUCAAAUCGAAGCCAGUGGCGUUGUACCUCUAUGAGACUGGGGAAUUACUAGGCUUGCUACGUAAGGUUGAGGAAGCGUGUAGGAGAAAUUACAGGGAGCUUGAGAUAGUGAUCGUAUAUGUUCCCUGGAAGUACAGUGGAAAUCCAUGGAAGUUUACCAAAUUACUGGUGCAUACGUUGGCUGAGCUUUGUAUCUCAUGGUGGGUUGCACCUUUCAACAGUACUGCAUCCAUUACCCUUGGAAGAUUCUUUGGUCGUGGGUAUCCAAACAAGGUGGUGAUUGUGGGACCUAAUGGAGAAUAUGUAGAUCCCUGUGGAGCAGAAAUUAUGAAGCUUUUUGGUAUUCAUGCCCAUCCCUUCACUCUUGAAGGCGUUGUCAGUAAAAUUUUGAACAAACUAAGGAAAGUCACCCUAGAUUCUUUCUUUAAAGGAAUGCCUUGUGAAAAUCUUAGGGGGAAGAAUGUUCUUCUCUAUUUUGAUUAUCCAUACAACGUUUCUAGUUAUGUGUAUGAGGCAUUUAUCCGCCUUGAUCAUAGUUGUUCUGAUAUGGAAGUGCUACCCUGUUCCUUAGCUUCUGCUGAAGAAGUUGAGAGUUGUUGUAGAAACAGUUCAUAUAACUUUAAAGUACAUGUAUGGUACUAUAAUGAUGAUGUCAGUAAAAAGUUCUUCUUAAGGUUCUUUAAACGUGUAUUCCGGACCAUUGUUGCAUUUGGGAAAGAUGGCAGGAUUUGCUCAGUACUUGCUCAUCGUCUUCCAACUCCUUGUGGGGAUGAAGCUUUCGAAAUCGGAUGUAAUCUGCGUGAAGAGGUAUCGAAACUACUGGGUGACUUAAUUGCAGAGUAUAUACUUUACGGCGGCCUAGUCUAAUGUGAUAAUUGAUAAAUGCUUGGAACGAUGUGCAGCAAAUAAGGUCUUUUCUACUAAUUAUUUAAGUUUAGUAUUUAAAAUAUAAAUAGCUCUUUUAUUUUUGAGUUUUCAUAUUGUACUUGGAAAGUUUAAAAUGAAUCGUAGCUGCAGUUGAUUGCUAAUAUAUACCUUGUUUUGAGUGGGCAUAAGCUCUCUUUGUUUGUGAUGUGGUUUAAAUGACGAUGGUGGACAAAAUUGUUCUAAUUAUGGUCCUUUGAAGAGAGGUGGUUUCAUUCAUGUAGUGCGCACAAGUAAUUACUAUUGAAAUUUAAAUACUUGAAUCUUAUCUUAUUCUUAUUA